AUGCUAAGAUCUGGUCUGAAGUGCGACUAUCUGCAUCAUAUUUGUCCUAUGGAAGAAGUACCUCAAGUCGUCUGGGAAAACAUGGAUCUCUUUAUCACACAGAACAGCAGUUCCAUAAUGAGCAAUUGUCCACUGCCUGGGAAGGUGACCGAUCCUUUUUCAACUUUGAUGGAACGCACAUUGACUUUAGACACACCGAGGAAUUGGGGAGGAUCUUUUCCCUCUUUCCUAUCCACACCGCUGCCUACAAACACCAAAUAUACUACCACGAAUAUUACUACGUUGUCGAGAGAAAGCAUGACAGGAGAGAUACGCUAUGGAAGAUAUGAAUACCGUAAAACUUCCUUCAAACUCGCAUUGAAUUUGGCACAACCAUAG